AUGAAUGCAUUAGUUGCUUUGGACCAAUCGGCCUUUUUGAAAAGGAGGUGCAUCCUUGAUUAUAUUGCCAGAGCGGAGGAACUGAUCUUUAGUCUACAUAAACGUAAGCUCCCGGGGUAUAUUUUAAAAGUGGACUUUGCCAAGGCUUUUGAUCUCGUGGAUUGGGAUUUUCUACUUGAUCUCCUGCUAGCUCGAGGCUUUGGGGAAAGAUGGAUUGGUUGGAUUAAAAGUCUUUUGAUCUCGUCGAAAGAGUCGAUCCUGGUUAACGGAAAUCCAAAUGGGUACAUAAGAUAUAAAAGAGGUCUGCAGCAUGGUGAUCCUUUGUCUCUACUACUUUUUGUUCUGGUGACCAAUGUUCUGAGUGCGAUGUUUAACCAUGCUCUCAACUCCAAAAUUUUAAUCGGUGUUCCUUUGGGCGAUUUUGGGAAUAAAUGCAAUCUGCAUUAUGCGGAUGAUCUGUUGAUUCUGACGUCUCGGGGUCUUGAGGACCUUAGGGUUGUCAAGCUAAUUCUAAUGGGGGAGCUCCCUGAUUGGGCCACGGCGGAGACGCUGCAUUGCAAUAAAGGACUAGGGGGUUGGGGUAUUCUGGAUCUACUCAAUUUCAACCAGGCGCUUCUUGGAAAAUGGUGGGUGAAAUACAUGAUGGAUCCUGAUUGGGGAGGUGCUAAGGAUUACUUCGCUAGAAUUCUUCAGCUUCCCUCUUUGCCGCUUUCUCUUGAGGAUCUUUGGAGUCGUUGGCGAUCAUGUUUGCGUCUUGAUAGAAGACCUUUUGGAGACUCAGUGUCGAAAGUGAUUAUAUGGAAUAUCUGGCUUGGUAGGAAUGAUUAUAUUUUCAAUGCAAAUGUCUUGUCUGCUCAUUGUAUCAUUGUCAAAACUGAUCGUUUGCUUCUAUCUUGGUGCUCUUCUAUUGCAGAAGGUCCUAGGGCGAAGAUGGAGGAUGACAUUAGCGCUGUUAGAAGAAGUCUGGAGUUUCUUGGUCCUCGUGUUCAGGAUUUUGGCGAGACUCGGACUUCUGAGAAGACAAUUGCUCCAGGCUCUGCUAGGUUCUUGUGGUGUUAG